CUUUCUCGUCGGUGUACUCUAGCUCUCUCCCUUUCUCUGUGUUGCUGUUGGUAAGUAUCUUCUUCCAUCUCCUAUUCCCCCUCCUCCUUCUUCUCCCCACUUUCUCUCUCAGUUCUUACCCUCAUUCUUCUUAGAAUCUUUCCUGAAAAUGACUGACCACGAAGAACUCCUCGAUUUUGUAGAAGAAGACCAAGACACGACAGAGCAACAGAACGGCGGUGACGGGGCGUCACAAGAGGCCAAGAAAGACGUGAAAGGAAACUAUGUUUCAAUUCACAGCUCCGGCUUUAGGGAUUUCCUCUUGAAGCCAGAGCUGCUACGUGCUAUUGUGGACUGUGGAUUUGAGCAUCCAUCAGAGGUGCAACACGAGUGUAUUCCUCAGGCUAUUUUAGGCAUGGACGUCAUCUGUCAAGCAAAAUCAGGUAUGGGCAAGACUGCUGUCUUUGUCAUAGCAACGCUUCAGCAACUGGAGAUAGUUGAGGGACAAGUCUCUGUUCUUGUUAUGUGCCAUGCCAGGGAAUUGGCCUAUCAAAUAUACAAGGAGUAUGAACGGCAACAUAGAGUAACAACAAAACUAAAAGCUUAG